GCACUCCGAAGCCUGAAUCGACUCAGCUGAACGCUCUACAGCAAGGAGGCUAAGAUGGCAUGCUUACUUCAUCGAUGUUUGCCAUGUCUAGGCCGUCUUACCUGCAGCAGGUGGGGUAAUCUCACUCUCACCUGAAGAGAACUUCCCCUUCAUAUACCUCAUGAUGAGGGUCCUCUGUCUCCACGGAAAAGGUACCAGCGGUGUCAUAUUCAAAUCGCAAACCGCCUCAUUCCGCGCGCACCUGGCCCCCCUCAACAUCGACUUUGACUUCGUCGACGGCCCAAUUCCCAGCUCCCCAGCCCCGGGCAUAGACCUCUUCUACACCCCGCCGUACUACUCGUGGUGGGAAGGCGAAUCCGCCGAAGCCAUCAAGGCCGCUCGCCAAUGGCUCAAGUCACACCUUGUCCUCUCGGGCCCCUACGAUGCCGUCAUGAUGUUCUCGCAGGGCUGCACGCUCGGUUCGAGUGCGCUUUUGCUCAACGCACUUGAGGAACCGCGCUCGCCUCCGCUGUUCAAGGCUGCGAUUUUCAUUUGCGGUGGGCCUCCGCUGGCUGUCGCGGAGACAUUGGGGUACCAUAUGAGUACUGAGAUGCGGGAGAGGGAUAACUGGUCCCGUGCGGCGUUGGCGCAGCAGGCUGAUUCGUCUGCGAUUUUGAGCCAGGGGGCUGCGAGGUGGAGGGGCGGUCGGUGGGAUAUAUCGAAUGAGGAGCAGUUGCGGGACGAGAUGGAGUUUCCGUGGAGGGUUGAAAUUCCAACGGUUCAUAUUUAUGGGGAUAAGGAUCCGCGGUAUUUGGCGGGUGUGCAGUUGUCGGCGUUGUUUGAUACGGAUAAUAUGAAGACGUAUGCUCACGAUGGGGGGCAUGAGAUUCCGCGGAAGGAUGUGGUUAGUCGGAAGAUUGCGGAGUUGGUGAGGUGGGCGUUGGAGAGUGCUUAGCCUGCACAUGGUGGGAUAGACUCGGGAUAGAUAAAUUCGGACAUAGACUGAUUCAUAUUAAACCGAAAUUAUUGACAUAACUCAUAAGGACC